AUGGAGAUUGGCACUGCUUUGCAAUGUCUUAAGUCUCUGCUCCAGGAUGGACUUGUUAAGAUCGGAAUGUUUGGUGCAACGAGUGGAACCAUGCGUGACAUUGAUGUGGCGCCGAAGCAUCUCAAGGCCGUGACAAUUCGGAGCAUAGACACCAUCGAUCGCCUCACCUUCCAUUUUGACGACGAGAAAGGGAACCAGAUCAUGGGUGGCGAGUGGGGCGGCAACCUCGGAAACGAUCACACGUUUUACUUGGACCGGGACGAGUAUUUGAAGCAAGUUUCAGGGACAUUUGGGCCGUUUGAACUCCAGAAACUGCCAUGCACGGUGAACUCGCUGACCUUCAUCAGCAACAAAGGGAAAAGGUACGGGCCAUUCGGGACUCGGGGCGCCAAGGACACUUCGUUCGAUAUCCCCGUCGAGAAAGGCAGCAUCGUCGGCUUCUACGCACGCGCCGACGGAUUUGUUUCUGCCAUUGGUUUCUACAUUCGCCCGUAG